GACCCUUAUUAUUCCUUUUCCAACCCCACGUCUUGCAACAAUAGCACAAUUAGUCUUAAAUGUUGAUAAAGAAUUAAAAAGCGAUCAAGUUAAAAGAAUUAUUAGUACGAAUGAUGUUAAUCUUAUAGUGUAA